CUUCCUGUCUUCCCAAAACUUUGAAACACAAUGAGCAGAGCUUGGCUUGCUAGAAGCUUCCCUUUGUUUGCAAAUUGAAGGUAGGAAGACCGAAGUGGAAAUGCUGCAGCUCUGGGCAUGUUCAGUUCAUGUUCAUGCUGGAUUUCCCAUGAAGUAGGCAAAUAAUUAAAAAAAAAGGUUUUUUUUUUUCCUGAGCUGUCCUUAUCCUGCCAUAGAACUGAAUUCCUAGUGCAGGCUGACGACCUCCUGCACUGGUGGAGCGGUUGUGCUGCAGUAUUUCACCAGCUGGGCUGUUACCAGACCCAUAUUAUUAUGGAAAAUUUUCCAGCUCUUUUUUUUACAUAUCCGGCUCCAGAAAACCAUUAUCUGGUUGUGCUGCCUCUCUCCACCUGUUAUAGAAGAGAUUCCAACUGUCUUGGUUUUGCUCAAAACAGCUCCCUGCCACCAAACACAACUCAUUCUCGUCCAAAUCAGAUUUUACCUUCGUACCUUUUUAAUUAAAAAAAAAACCAAAAAUCAAAGGCAAUCUGCUUGUACAGCCUUUCCCAGCAGGAGGCUUUGGCCCAAGACAUGAUCUGGUGGGCAUAACAGCAAAUGAAAGCCAAAACACAGCAGAAAAAAAAAGAAGAAAAGUGUAGUUGCUCCCUUUUGUGUUACCUGUGAAUUAGUUUAUCUAUGGAAACAGGGGAUCAGUGGGGCAGAGGAAGGGGUCGGGUCGGGCCCUGUGGUUCAGUGUGUGAUACGUCCAUGAACGUGUGUUGGUGCAUCCAUGACCUAUAUUUGGAUAUACAGGCUAUAAAAAGCCUCGGAACAAACAACCUCCUGCAGGACUCAGAUCCCCUGUCCCUGCUGUUGCUGCCGGCUACAGGAGAGAGGAGCAAGCCCGCUGCAGCUUUUAUUUCUUCUCUUGGUGUUCUCCAAGAAGAUGGCGAAAGCCAGCAUCUCCCUGCGCUCCCUGAACGAGACGCUGAACAGAGUAGAAAGCAGGCUGCUGUCCCUGGAGGCUCGCUUCGCGCAGCUGGACUGCAGCCUGCAGACGCUGGCGCACGAGUUCGACCUGCAGGCCGAGAUGCUGCAGGAGGACCUGAGGCGGGACGUGCCCCGCGCACCUGCGGCCAGGCUCGGCGGAGGAGGUGGAAGAGGAGAAGGAGGAGACAGAAGAAGAGGAGGAGGAGGAGAAGGAAGGAGAAGGGGAGAAGGAGGAGAAAGAGGAGGAGGCGGAGCCCUCAGCCGGGCGGCGGGAACAGCUCCUCAGUGAGGGGCGGAGCGCAGCCGCCAUUGCGGGAGCCGCGGCCUUUCCCGGGCUCCGGAGCGUAUUGCUGGGCCAAGUGGAAAAAUCGCGUGAGGAGACAGAUGACCUCCACGGUUUCAAGUCAUACAAGAAGGUGCUGAAGUCUUAAUUCUUCAUUUAUCUUAAGAAAAAAGGAAUUUUAGCUUUAUAGUCCUAAUUUAAGCAAGCGAAUGAAUGAGGAAGAAGCUGCUCUGCUGUGAUGUAUUUCACCUUCAGAACGUGCUGGAAGCAAGCUUGUGCCAAAAGCAGCUCUCAAAGGAUGCGCAUACACUGAAAAAAUGAGUGAAUGGAAGGUUAAGGCCCUGAUGUUGCCCUAGUGUUGUUCCUCUACCUCAAGUCAGUAUGUCGAAGAAAUCCAAGGCGCCGCUUUCCUUGUCGGACUGCCUCUGCCAAAUUUGCAUGGAGAUCUUUGUGGAGCCUGUCACACUGCCAUGCAGCCAUACCCUCUGUAAUUCCUGCUUCCAGAUGACAGUGGAAAAGGCCAGUCUUUGUUGCCCCUUUUGUAGGCGUCGAGUCUCUUCCUGGGCACGGUACAAUACCCGCAGAAAUACUCUGAUCAACUGGGAGCUCUGGGAGAAGAUUCAGAAGAAUUACCCAAAGGAAUGCGAGCAGAGGAUUAACGGACAGGAUUUGGAUGAGGAAAUCUGUGUCCCCAAGCCGCAGCACCAGCUGUGCAAGCCUGGGGAGCUCAGGCAGGAAUAUGAAGCAGAGAUUAGUAAGGUGGAGGCAGAAAGGCGAGCGCACGAACAGGAGGAGAACAAAGCGAGUGAGGAGUACAUCCAGCGGCUGCUGGCAGAGGAGGAGGAGGAGCAAAGGUUGGCAGAAGAGAGACGGAGGGAGAUGGAAAAGCAGCUGAAGCAAGAUGAGGAGCUGGCCUGGCAGCUCAGUAACAGUCUGAAUGAAGAUCCCGAGGGACACGUGCCCGGCAGCCCGUCACCAGCACACAGCCUCUCCCUUCAGACGUCCCCACUGAGCCUGGGCAAGGCAAAGAGCAAACCAAGCAACUCCGGAGACAUUCAGAAAUAUCUGUCUCCAAAGAGUUACGGUAUGCUGGGAUCAGCAUCAUUCUCCAGUGCCACAGGAAGAGGCAGAAGCAACUCUAUCUCUGCGGAGACCAACAGCAAUGAAGGCAACAGUUCUCUGCUGCAGGAUGAGCAAGAGGAAAUGCCAACCCUGUCUCCACAGCUGACCAGUGUAAAUAAAGAUUCUGGUGCUAAGGAUUCAUUUUUGGAAUCAUGCAUGAACUAUUUCAGUGCCUCAGCUUCAGGUGAAACUGCCACCAUCAAGCAGGAAAAAACACCAGGACCAAAUGGUUUAGAAGAUGAAGUUCCAGAUGCACUUCAUGGAACCACAGAAGGGGAAGGGUCUAGGACAGUUCUUUUUAGAUCCAAAGGAGAUGAUGAUGAUGGAAUUGAGUCAGACAGUGGCAAUUUAACACAUGUCCAGAGGGUAAACCUUGAAAAGUCUGAUGAAACUUGUACCUCUGGUCAGUUAGGAAUGAACUGUGUGAUGUCUGACAGCCAGACUGUGUUGCGUGGUCUCGGGGAGGAGACUGGACACCCGAAUGAAGAGACACCAGAGAGGCCACAGAACUCUAAGGAGACUCCCAAAAGGAGGUUACUGGAGGCCCCAGCUGAUGCCAUGAUUGACUUGGGCAUGCUUGAUAAGCGGAGAAGAACCUUUUCAGAAGGUGCAGAAGACCAAGGAGAGGAGAUGAAUGAUUUUGUGUUGCAGACACAAAGAGCCUUUGAGCAGGAGUUCUAUGAAAGGCGCAGGCAGGAGGAGCAGGACAGGCUUCUGGCUCUGCAGCUGCAAAAGGAGCUCGACAAGGAGGAAAAGAUCCUUAACCGACAGAAGGGCUCUCCAGAUGAGUAUCUGCUUCGCACCAAACCACCUCGGUCUGUGAAAGACUCUUCUGCCAGGAAGGGAAGCGCCAAGGUGGCAAAAGACUCAAAGGGAUCAAAAGCACAGGCUGAAACCAAUCACCACAAGACUCGGCGAAGUUCCUGCAAUGAAAACUGGCAGUCCCCUGCCAGGGUCCGGGUGAAAUCCCCCAGCGUCAAGGAAGGAAAGGUUUUGAAUUGUGUGGUUAAUACCAGUGACGCAAAUGAUAUUUGUUCACUGCCUAAGAACAAGCAAAAGACAAUCCUGCAGAUGUUUAAAAGCCCUGUUGCAGAGUAGAUCAGAGCUGUGGACACGUGGUGGAGUGUGAAUGGGAGCUGUGGUGAUGUUCUCCUGUGCUAGGCAAAGCUUCCCUAAGCAGUUUUGGGUGGUUGCUUUGGAGGGCAACCGCUUUGGGCAGCGGUGCUGUGUUCUGAGAAGUUUUAGUAACAUACACCUCCAGAAUGUAACAUUUUUUUAAUUGUUCUUUUCUUGAAUAUUAUUUUCUAGCACUUGCAGCACUUCUUGCAGGAAUCGGAGCAUUUCUUAUUUUCUAACUUGCACAUGGUUUGGAGUAUGAAUACUGGUAGUGUUGGAAAACAAGGAUAACUGAUGAUCUGAUCUGAAAAUGAGAAUCCGAAGCCUUUCGUGGAGAAGAUGCACAUUGCAUGGAGGAAACAAGUGAAAAAUGAGUUUGUGUUCCCAGCUGGCUGUCAGCUGCAAGGUUGAAGCUUCCCUCAGCACAACCACUGUUCUGUAAACUGAAGCACAUUCCUGGAAUUUAGGCUGUUUCUGGGAUUGAAUUGUUGGCACACACCCAUUAACACGAGUGUAACCAGACAGCCGCUCUUUCCCUCUCGUAUGCUCACCCCUCCCUUGGGCACAGGAAAGAGGAACAGGUCAUUCUCCACUGCCAAAGCCAAGGAUCUUCCAUGGAUGCCAAGGCCGUGGGCUCCCAUUCACUUCAAUUCCCCGAGAUCCCUCCUGCAGAUCCCAUUGUUGUUAAGAACAGGAUACUUUUGUUUUCUUACUGUUAACAUUCUGCGACUUUAUUCUUGUACAAUAGUGUUACUAUGUUUAGUGCUGUUUAAUUUUCAUACUCAAACCGGUUUGAAUGUGAUUAAAACAGUACUCCAGAAGCCAGGUACAAUGGAGAAAGUUAAAAGGGAAAGAAGCAACUGAAAACUGGAGUUGUCAGUAAUGACAUAACUGUAAUUAGAGAUUCACCCUGCCUGCCUGUAACUUUCCCUCCAUUUCUGGAGGCACUACUCAAUACUGUUCCUGUUGGGUUUAAAACUAAAAUAACUCCAAAAAAUUGGAAUUUAGAUGUGGAGGUGCUGAGGCCUGUAGGAAGUUGAGGCUGGAGAAGAAGCAAACAGAUCGUACUAUGCAGAGGAAGUUUUCUUGCUGUUUUAUCUGUUGUUUUUUGAAGCCAUAUUUUGGCUUCUCUUUGCUUCUUCAGAGCUACUUUUGCACUGUGUUUGAAAUGGAGCCAAGUGCCAGCUGCACUGCUGAAGGGUGUGUGCUAGUCAGCAAAUGUUUGAGUUUUGUCCUUUUUUUGAACCCCAUUGAUGACUUUAAUUCUGUUCUGGGACAUCCCCAACAGACUUGUUUCUUCAGCAGCAUCUUCUGAUGGUUUAAGUUUAAAAAAACCCCAAAUUUUAUAGAAAGCAUGACCAGCACACUUGAGACAAAAAAAAAAACCAAACAAAAACCCCAACAAUUAAUAUUUAUUAAUUGUUGGGGGUUUUGUUUGGUUUUUUUUUUGGUUUUUUUUUUUUGGUUUUUUUUUUCCCAAAGCCUGCAUGUCUUUAUCAUUGGUGGGCUAAUAAAUAAAUAAAUAUAUAAAUGUUCUGUUCAGAGAUGUUUUUUGAGAGUUACAAAAGGUUACCAGUGACAAAUCCUUUGAUUUUUCUCCUGCUGCCUCAGCCAUUGUUCUGGAAGCCUUCGUUCAAUAUGGGUCUGUUUUUCUUUAAUCCUUACUACAGUUAGGAUUAUUUUCUGUCUUACCCAUGAUGUAAAAAGCUUAAUUAAAGGGGUUUUUUUAAAGCAGAGCUACUGACU